AUGUUAAACAAUUUAAUAACUAUAAUUGCAGAAUGUCAAAUCAAUUUAGAAUAAAUUAAGCAAUUAUUCAUUGAUCCUCAUAUGGCAUUCUAGAUGUUAUCCUCUAAUGGACAUGAUAUUGAUCAAUCAGAUAUCAAAAGAUUUAUAUCUCUUAAUGAUGAGGAAAUCAAACAUCUAAUUAACUAAUUUAAUUCCAAUUCUGAUACAAGAUUUACAUAUCCUGAGUAUUCUUUAUUUUAAUUAAUAGUUUUAUUAAUUCUCUGAAAUUGAAUAACAACAAUCAUGUUAAAGAAGCUCUUAUCAAACUUUUAUAAUAGGAAGCAAUCAAUUUUAAGUAAAUUCAAUGUGUUUUCCAUAGAUUUUAGUAAAGUUUAAAUACUCAAAGAAGAUAGCAAUUUCAAUCCUACUGAAUUAUUCAAUUAGAUUGAUUAAUUUGGUAAAGGUUAUAUUACAAAUAGGACUUUAAAAAAAUGUACAAAUUUAUCUAACGACUACAUCUCUGCUUUUUUUAGAUUUCUAGAUAAAGAUAAUGAUGGUAGAAUAUUUGAAAAUGAAUUUUUAUCUGCCUUCUAAUCAUCAUAAAAAUAACAAUUAGCUGUUUAAUACAAAGAUUUAAGAUAAAGUUAAGAAAAAGAAAAAUAAAUAAUUUAAUAAUGCUUAUAGAUCUAAUAGAAUCUAUAAAUAAAUGAAGAAAAAAAUAGUCAAUCAAGAAUUAAAUAAGUCUAACAGUUAUUAUAAAGUAGAUUAAAUCUAGAGCGAUCCAAAGGAUAAAACUCCUAUUCAUCUUUAUUAAAAGUAAGAUAAUAAUUACUAUAAAUUGAUUAAAUAAGAAGAAAUUCAUAACGAGAAACUUUUGAAAGACUUCUUAAAUAUUAACAUUAAUUAAUUAAAAAUAUUAAAGAGAAAAAUGAAGAGACGACUUAAAAAUAAAAGAAUCUUAGUAGUCUCCAUGAUUAAUUAUAUACUAUGAGAACACAAUAAGAUUUAAGUCUUAAGAGAAAACGAGAGUAUAGUAUUCAUAGCUAAUCUUAAUUAUGA